CCAGCUCCUUCCCACGCCACCGCGGGGCCCCCCGGCGCGGCGGCGAAGGCCUCGGGGCGCCGCUUGCGGCGGGCCGGCGGGGCCGUCCCAUGGGGAGCGGCGAGCGGCGGGCCGGGCCUGGCCGCGGGCUGCGGCGGCGGCCGCUGCUGCUGCUGCUCCUCUCCGCGCUCCCCGGCCGCCCCCGCGUCCCGCCGCCGCGCCGCGCCGCUCCCUGAGGCGGCCUCCGGCCCCGGCGCUGCCAGGCGAGGCCCAGGCGGGCGGCGAGCCCCGGGCGCGGGCGGGAGGCUGACCGGACCAUGCCGGAGCAGGCCGUGCCGGGGGCCGCUUCUCCAGUUUGAAAGUACCUCUCUUCCCUCUCUCCCGCUGCUCUCCCGGCUGCUCUCCUUACAUGGUUGUCGCUUCCCACCUCCCACGGAGCGAUGAGUUAGGCUCGGAGCCGGCGCCGGGACCCGCGCGGAGCCCUCGCCGAGAGCCAAGAGAGAGCUGCUCCCCGGGCUGCCUCCCUUGCCCUUCCCAGGCCUGAGUGCUCUGCAGCCAGCACAGGGAAGGGCCUCCUCUUCGAGGCAGUUGCUUCUGACUCCUGGGGUUUUUUUUGGGUUUGUUUUUCCUUUUUGGUCCAAAUCCAACCCGAAUCACUCCAUAAAGAACUUGUGCUGAGCAAAAGGAGGAGGCUGUGGAGUCUCAGUGACCUCUUUGCUUCCCAGGGUCCUGGCUGUGAGGGUUUUCUGCCCUGGCCUUUCAGGAGGCUCACCUGCAGGGGACUGGGAUCUCGGCUCCUUUGGCUGUUCUCUGUUGGUUGGUUGGGUUUGGGGCUUUUUUGGGCCUCCGCUUGAGCCCUUCAGCGACCGAGAAGCCGAAGCUGUCGCUGCUAAAAUCCCCUGGGUUUUAUUUUUCAUCCCCCCCCAAGCAUGUCAGACAGCUGGCAGCAGCCACAGCAGCAACCCCAGCAGCAGCCGCCGCCGCCGCCGCCGCAGCAACACCACGCGGGGGCAACCCCCCUCCCGGAGCACUCCAUCGCCCCCGGCGCCGCCGACAACCCCUUGGGCUGCGCCGUCUACGGCAUCCUGCUGCAGCCGGACCCCGGCCUGCAGCAGCACCACCAGCACUCCUCCUCCGCCUCCUCCUCCUCCCUGCAGGCUGCGGAGCCCUCCCCUAAAUGCGGGGUGUGCGGCCACGACCUGGCCCACCUCUCCAACCCCCACGAGCACCAGUGCUUGCCGGCUCAUGACCGCUCCUUCCAGUGCACCCAGUGCCUGAAGAUCUUCCACCAGGCCACCGACCUGCUGGAGCACCAGUGCAUCCAGGUGGAGCAGAAGCCCUUCGUCUGCGGCGUCUGCAAGAUGGGCUUCUCCCUGCUCACCUCCCUGGCGCAGCACCACAACGUCCACAACGGCAACGCCAUCAAGUGCUCCAUCUGCGAGAAGACCUACAAGCCCCCCGAGGCCGAGACCCCCCAGCCCCUGGACCCCGCCGAGCGGCCUUACAGCUGCUCCAUCUGCCAGAAGACCUUCAAGCACCUGUCGGAGCUGUCCCGCCACGAGCGCGUCCACACGGGCGAGAAGCCCUACAAGUGCACCCUGUGCGAGAAGAGCUUCAGCCAGUCCUCCCACCUGGUGCACCACAAGCGGACCCACAGCUCGGAGCGGCCCUACAAGUGCACCGUGUGCGAGAAGACCUUCAAGCACCGCUCCCACCUGGUGCGCCACAUGUACGCCCACGCCGGCGAGCCGCUCUUCAAGUGCGACGCCUGCGAGCUGCACUUCAAGGAGUCCUCCGAGCUGCUGCAGCACCCCUGCACCCCCAGCGGGGAGCGGCCCUUCCGCUGCGGCGAGUGCCAGAAGGCCUUCAAGCGGCCCUCGGACCUGCGGCAGCACGAGCGGACCCACAGCGAGGAGCGGCCCUUCAAGUGCGACCUCUGCCAGAUGAGCUUCAAGCAGCAGUACGCCCUGAUGCGCCACCGCCGCACGCACAAGGCCGAGGAGCCCUUCAAGUGCAACCUCUGCGAGAAGGCCUUCGCCCAGCCCUCCCACCUGCUCUACCACCAGCACGUCCACGGCAUCGAGAACCUCUUCAAGUGCAACGCCUGCCAGAAGGGCUUCGACCAGUCCUCCGAGCUGCUGCGCCACAAGUGCGCGCCGCCGGGCGCCGCCGAGCGGCCCUUCAAGUGCGCCGCCUGCAGCAAGGCCUACAAGAGGGCCUCGGCCCUGCAGCGCCACCAGCUGGCCCACUGCGCCGAGAAGCCGCUCAAGUGCACCCUCUGCGAGAGACGCUUCUUCUCCUCCUCCGAGUUCGUGCAGCACCGCUGCGACCCGGCCCGCGAGAAGCCCCUCAAGUGCCCCGACUGCCAGAAGCGCUUCAAGUACGCCUCGGACCUGCAGCGCCACCGGCGCGUCCACACGGGCGAGAAGCCCUACAAGUGCCCCUCCUGCGAGAAGGCCUUCAAGCAGCGCGAGCACCUCAACAAGCACCACGGGGUGCACGCCCGCGAGCAGCAGUACAAGUGCAUGUGGUGCGGGGAGCGCUUCCUGGACUUGGGCCUGCUGCAGGAGCACAGCGUCCAGCACACGGCCGACGGCGCCUACCAGGUGGCCGCCUGCUUGCCCUGAGCCUUC